AUUUGUGGUGUGGUCAUAUUCAUCCUCUCCAAUUAUUAUUUUUCAUAGUCAUGGCACAGUGGAAAUAUGUGUUACUUGGAGGAUCUGGAGGCAUAGGAACCCAACUCUGUCAUCUUUUGAAAAGUGAAAGCACAUACAUUGUUGUAGGUUCAAGAUCAGAAGCAAAGCUGAAAGAACUAUCCAAAGCCAUCCCAGGAAUAGAAACGUUCCCUCUCGACGCUUGUGAUUCUACUCAGGUUGGUCACUGCAACACAGCUCUUGAAGAAUCUGUGAAAUAUUGCGCUAUUCUUACUGAAAAUAGGUUGAAGCUUUCGUCCAGUUUGCUGAUGAGAGACCAGGAACGUUGGUAGGAGCUGCAAACUUGGUAGGAAGUAUAUUAUUGAAG